AUGUAUUCUGAUGAGUUAUGUGGUUCGUCAUCUAUCAAUAGGUUGAUAAUAGAUGAACCUAGAAAAUUUGGAUAUUUUCUUCAAAACCUCAAAAAUCAAGAAAAAGAAAUGAUCGCUCCUUUUAAUGAGUUUGAUUUAAAUGACCAUGCAAAAUUUGGAAAUUCAAUGUGUUCUGGAAAAAAUCCUUCAACAGAGUUUUUGUAUCUUGGGGAACUGUUAAAGGCAUUAGAAAAGGCUGGCUUGAAGUACGAAGAUUAUUUAAACACUAUGGAUGAUUUGAAAAACAACAAUGAACCUGAAGAAGAUAAUCAAGCAAAUAUGGAGUUGGACGAAUAUAUUUUAGAAGCAACCUCCGAUCCCUCUAAUAAGUCAUACAACAAAGAUAUUCUGGGAGUUCACCAAACUACAUUCCCAGUAAAACCAUCUAUUAUGUCAGGUAAUGGGAACAUAGUUAUAGAUAAUCAAUCAAAAGUCGAAAUUAUGCAUCAGCGAUUGAGUAAAGAAAUCAUGAAGUAUGAAAAAGCUAAACGGGAUAGUUAUAUUGAUACUUUAGAGAAUGUAAAACUGUGGAUCAACAAAACCAAUCUUCCUUUAAACGAAAUUUGUCUUAGUUCAAAAGAAAAUGAUUUAAAUAAUCAACCCAAUAAUGAAAGUCAAGUUAAUAAUUCAAUAAGUCCAGGCAAGCUUCCUGAUUUCGACUCUGAAGAAGCAUAUGUUAAUAAUCGUUUAAAAGAAUUAGAAAAUGAAAUGAAAUCUGAACGAGAACAUUUAAAACGAAUUCAACAAAUUAAAAAUGAAUCAUUUACAGUUCAUUCAAAUUAUCAACUACAUCGAUGGCGAUCUUUGUUAAAUAUUGAACAAAUAAAUCUAACCACAAGAUAUUUUCAUGAUGAAUAUAAAAUAAGACCUCAAUCUGCUGUUGAGCGGCAUUCAAAUUCUGGAAAACUUUGUGAUAGAACCAAGUUACUUGAAAGAAAUCUCGGCUAUUAUUUUGGUUUACCUGAUGAGACGAGAACAAGUCAUUGGGGCAAUGGCAGUUGUUUACAGGAAAAAACUGAAACAGUUGUCGCUAAUACAGAAAACUAUUCAAGGUGUAAAGUCGAAGAGGUUGGAUAUAAUUUACUAACUGGUAAUGUGUCAGGAAUAGAAUGUCUGGCAGCAGAAGGAACAGUCAAGUCAGUUGUGGAAGUAUCUAAUGUUAUGGGCAAUCACAAUGUUCUAACUGAGCAAACUGGUGAGAAGGCAGUUUCUUCUCUUGAUCCUCUGGCUGCAACAACAACAGCGUUGUUUGAUGUCAAUGAUUCAACCAAUGAAUUAACAUUUAUGACAUCUUGUGCUGCUCAAAAGUCGCAUGAAAAUCCAGAUAAUGAUGUCAGUUCAAUUCCGGAGAUCUUCUUAUCUGGAUCAGAAAAUUGCGACAGCAACUUUUCGAGGUUGAACAAUUCUUCACAGAUUAAGCAAAGUGAAAAAUCAACACAAACAACUAAUCUGAUCGAAUAUAUUCACAAACAAAUUAUUAAUUUAAAUUCACAUAAUACUAAUGUUGAAACAGAACCAUCUGUUGUCAUGCGGGAAUUAAGCUGUCAGGCAGUCUAUCUCAACUGUUUCAAUGUUAAAUUUGGGAUAACAAAUUUCAGUAGUAUUUCAACAUACUUCACUUUUUUAAAGUUCCUCAUAAUAAAUGAAUGUGAUCUAAAAUCAAAUGAUCUUAAAGGAAUAACUCAACUGAAUAAUCUGGAAUUUUUAGAUGCAAGCAGAAAUCAUCUUAAUGGUGUGAAUCUAGGUGAAAUGAAUUUAUCCAAGUUAACUAUAUUGAAAUUGGCUAAUAACAAAAUGACAAAACUUUCAGAUAUAAUGGGAUGUUUUCCUAACCUUUUAAUGUUAGAUAUUUCAUCGAAUUAUAUUACAACUUUGGAUAUACAAAAGUUAGUCAUUUCAUUUCCUAAACUCUACCAACUUAUGGCAUCAAGUAAUCUUAUCACAUGUAUACAAAUAAAACCUUCAACAACGAAGUGGACUAAUGAAAAUCUUAAUUUGUUAGAUUUAUCCGAUAAUGAAAUAACUGUUAUUGAUCAAGACUCAAUACCUCUUACAAAUAUCACUAGGUUACAAUUAUCAUCAAAUAUAUUAAAUAAACCAUUUCAAACAGGAUUUUAUGGAGUUAUAUUACAAGAACUGAUCUUAGAUUAUAACAAUUUAACAUCAAUAAAUUGGUUAGGUGAUAGUUGGUUACCAAAUCUUAUUUAUUUGAAUGUAAGCCAUAACAGGAUAACUGAUUUACCUAUAUUGCCGUUUCCAUUACUGCAAAAGCUUAUAAUUAGUCAUAAUUUGAUAAAUGAAAUUGAGUCUCUCUUCAAAGGAACUAAAUUUUUGCCGCGCAACUGUAUGCUAGAUAUCCGAUGUAAUCCUUGUACAUUGGGUUUGAAUUUUAUGGAAACUAUCAAAGAAGAGUUUCCAAACACAAUAACCACUUCUAAUCAAGAUAGUCAGUCAAUAAUGACAAUAUUUCGAAAUCAUGAAUUUCAAACUACUGUUUUUAGUGGAAGUGUUUGUCAAUGUUCCCAGUGUAUUCGUUUGAGAAUAUCAUGUGAACAAUACCAUAAACAAUAUCAAAAAUGCGCAAACUGUUUGAACUUAGCAUUUAAACGUAUCAACGAUGCAGUUACGAAUAAUGAAUUGCUGUGUCUUAAUAAGCCGAUUUCAAAUAGUCAUGUGACAUGUCAUUUAAAUUCAAACGAUAAUCUUCACUUGGAAAAUCAGCCUGUUCAAUUUAAUAAUCAAAAUAUCCUACUCAAUAUUUUUUCAAAAGAAAAUCAAUGCUCACUAAUGUAUCACUAUAUUGGCCUAAUUAAAGAGAUAACCAUAUUGAAGAGAAAACAAACUGAGUUACUGAAGUUAUUUUUUAAUGAAAUGAAUAAUAAAGUAUUAAUGAAUGAUACGAAAAAUGGUUUUCAACAUAUAUUUCCUACCAAAGAAAUCAUCCAACAUCUUGAAUUGUACAAGAAUUCUUCGAAUUAGAAUAAUUGAAGGUCAGUCCAAGCAAUUACCUUGUCUUACGUAAAUGUUUUGAAUAUGUUUAUGUAGAUAGAGCUUUAUUUAGAUAGCUGGAGAUCCUUCUAAAAUCAGAGAGCACCGGACAAAAGCUUUACUUCUAGUUUGAAACUCCUCUAUAAUAUAAAAUCAGUCUCCAAUCAUUAUUGUAUAUGUUUGCGAUAGAUUUCUCAGAAGUUCUAGUUUAAAAUCUGUGAUUAGUAAAUUUAAACUGGGAAAGUUGAAAAUGAAAACCAUUGAAUACUAACUCAGUGUUUUUUGAGGGCUUAAGGUUCACUGUGAGAUUCAAAGGAUUGUAUUUAAUUUCUCAUGGUAUUGUCGAUCUGCACUGCUGAGAAAUCUCUUUUUACAACGAAACAGCUCUCAAGUGCUCCUCGGUUUUUGGUAGUUGUUUAACUAAGGUAGGCCGGUAGUAUAAUACUUUAAAUUCAAUGAAGUUAGCAGUGAAACUAUGUCUCACGAAUGAGAUUAGUUACAGAAAACUUUAUAUGAGAAAUUGCCUGAAGUUAGAGAUGGAAGCUGACGAGUACCUACUCAGUUAUUCAUAGCGCAUGGCGUUAAUUCGAUACUAUUGUAGUGAACAAAACACUAGUUGGGGACAAUCGAAUGUAUUUAAGCAAACAUUACAGACUAUCUCAGUAAAUUCUGAUUUCCAAACAAUGAACAGUCAAUUUGCAAAUUAACAACCAAUUGUUUCAAUCUUCUCUGUU